UAACAGCUUAGAGAAAGAUUAAUUUUCUUUAAUGGAAAGAAAAUAAAGCAGCAGUUACUUAAUGUAUGUGUGCUGAAGAGGGGUUGCCAAAAAAGGAAAUGUCAUACUUCCUGUAUCCAUAGCAACCUGACUGUGAGUGCGUGCAUGCAGAUGUGUUAGUGUUUUUCAUUGAAAAAGGCAUCCGGAAGAAAGGACGUGUUGUUUUUGAGACUAUAUAAUGUUAUGGUCUGGACACAUCCCCUGCCACAUCUCGGGGUGAAGACUUACGCUUUUACUUUUUGUUAUUAUUUUGCUUAUGAGUUAUUGUUUAAGAAUAAAGUGAAACCAUGUACAAUGGUGAUGUGUUAAAAUUUUUUAAACAAGUCUCUGAAUAAUUUAUUAUGAGUAAAGUUAUUAUUUUAGUUUGUUCCUGAUCCUGUAUUACAAAGCUCUGCUGAGGAAUCAACUGAGCUGAUCUGGUUCUGGUGCAGAAGUGCAGAACUCUCUAUUGCCACAGAGAAGACAUCAAAGCUGUGAAACGGUGAAAGAUGGCGACUGUUGAAGAACUGCUUCUGAAGUCGCUGGAGGAAUUGGCCAAAGAUGAUCUUAAGAAGUUUCAGUGGCACUUAAAGAAACAUGAGUGUGUAUCACCAUCUGAAAUGGAGGAUGCAGAUCGAUUAAAAACAGUGGAUAAGCUGGUAGCGUGUUUUGGACCAGAAGAAGCUGUGAAGAUCACGGUCAGCAUCCUGAAGAAGAUAGGAAUGAAUGACCCAGCUCAGCAGCUGGAGAACAAACACAAGCAAGGCUCAGCUGCAGAGGGCAGUAAAGCUACUCAUAAUGAUUACACAAAGAUCUUGAAGGACACGUUGAAACACCACUGUGAGAGGAUAUUGGUUGGUAAUUCACAGACGGGUGAAAAUAAAUACCUGGACGAUAUUUACACUGAUUUAUAUGUGGUGGAGAAUCAGACUGGAGGAAGAAUGAAUGAACACGAGGUGAGACAGAUCGAAUCAAAUCACAACCGAUUGAGUGCCAAGGAUACACCGAUCCAAUGUAAAGACAUGUUCAAAGACCAUAUGGGUCGACAAAACAGAAAAGUGCUCACAGUGGGGAUUGCAGGAGUGGGAAAAACUGUCUCUGUCAAUAAAUUCAUCCUUGACUGGGCUAAAGGAAAAGAAAAUCAAGAUAUAGUCUUCAUUUUUCCACUCCCAUUCCGUGAACUGAAUUUGAUUAAAGAGGAGUACAGUCUCAUGGGAUUGCUUAACACAUACUGCUUUAGUGGCUUUAAAGAGCUAACAUCUCUUCCUGAAGAUGGCAAUAAGUUCAUGUUCAUCUUUGAUGGGCUGGAUGAGUGUCGCUUCCCUCUGAGCUUUGAAGAGGGUGACAGUUUUACAGAUGUUAAUAAGAAAACAACAGUGAGUAAUAUAGUUACAGCCCUAAUCAAGAAUCAUCUGGUUCCCUCUGCUCUCAUCUGGAUCACAUCCAGACCAGCAGCAGCCAGUCUGAUACCCCGAGAAUACAUUGACCAGGUGACAGAGAUACGAGGAUUCAGUGAUGAGCAGAAAGAGAAGUACUUCAUCAGAAACAGCAGUGCUGAGGUUGCUGAAAACAUCAUCCGUCACAUCAGAAAAUUCAGAAGUCUGUACAUCAUGUGUCACAUCCCGGUUUUCUGCUGGAUCUCUCUCACUGUUCUUCAGCCUCUGCUGGCUCAAGAGAGCAAUGACAAAACACCUACAACCCUCACAGGGAUGUACAUAAACUUUUUACUUUCCCAGAAGCAACAGAUGGAAACAAAAUAUUGCAAGGAUCCUAAAACUAAGGCUAAAGUCAAGUCUUUUGAUGAGAUUAUUCUGAAGCUUGGGAAACUGGCCUUUAAACAACUACAGAAAGGUAAUCUGAUUUUCUACAAAGAAGAUCUUGAGGAGUGUGGACUAGAUGUCAAUGAAGGGUCUGUGUACUCUGGGUUAUGCACCCGGAUGUUUCAGGAGGAAAAAUCUAUAUCAGAGAGAAACGUUUACAGCUUCGUACAUCUCAGCAUCCAGGAAUUACUUGCUGCUCUCUAUGUGUUUUUCUUUAACAAAAACAAGAAAGCAAACCCAUUUCUCGAGUCCUGGAAAAAACUGACAUGUAAUCUGUCCAGAAAGCCACUGUUUGAACUUCAUAAAGCUGCAGUCAAUGAGUCUUUACAAAGUGAGAAUGGACACCUGGACCUCUUCCUCCGAUUCCUCCUGGGUCUUUCAGUGGAGUCCAAUCAGACAGACCUGAAGGAACUACUGCCAGGACUGAAGCUCAAAACAGAGGACACCAAAGACACUGCUGACUAUAUCAAAAAGAAAAUAGAGAUGGAGGAAUCAACAGAGAGGACCAUCAAUCUCUUCUACUGUCUGAAUGAACUGAAAGAUGACUUUGCAGUGGAAUUCCAGAAGAAUUUGAGCUCUGGAAAACUUUCAGAGCAGAAUCUCUCCUCUGCUCAGUGGUCGGGUUUGGUGUUUGUGCUCCUCAUGUCAGAAGAGAUUCAAGAGAAGUUUGAACUGAAGAAGUACAGAAGAUCUGAUGAAGCACUGAUGAGACUGCUGCCGGUCAUCAAAAACACCAGAAGAGCACUGUUACAGAGCUGUAAUCUCACUGCUCAGUCUUGUGACAGUUUGUCUUCAGCUCUACAGUCGUCAAACUUUUUUCUGAGAGAGCUGGAGCUGAGCAACAAUGACCUGGAGGAUUCUGGAGUGAAGCUUCUUUCUGAUGGACUGAAGAGUCCAAACUGUCAUCUGGAGAUUCUGAGGUUACAGAGCUGUAAUCUCACUGCUCAGACUUGUGAGAGUUUGUCUUCAGCUCUACAGUCGUCAAACUCCUUUCUGAGAGAGCUGGAGCUGAGUAACAAUGACUUGGAGGAUUCUGGAGUGAAGCUUCUUUCUGAUGGACUGAAGAGUCAAAACUGUCAGCUGGAGAUUCUGAGGUUGUCUGGCUGUAUGGUGACAGAGGAGGGAUGUUGUUAUGUGUCUUCAGCUCUGACUUCAAACCCCUCACACUUGAGAGAGCUGGAUCUAAGCUACAAUCACCCUGGAGAUUCAGGAGUCAAGCUGCUCUCUGAAAAGCUGGAGGAUCCAAACUGCUCACUGGAUAAAUUAAAUGUGGAUCAUGGAGGUGAAUCCAGGAUUACAGCAGGACUACAGAAAUGGGUCUGUUUUCUCACACUGGAUCCAAACACAGCACACACUCAACUCAGUCUGUCUGAGGAGAACAGAGAGGUGACACUUGUGAUGGAGAAACAGUCGUAUCCUGAUCAUCCAGACAGAUUUAAUGAGUGUCCUCAGGUGUUGUGUAGAGAGAGUGUGUGUGGACGCUGUUACUGGGAGAUUGAGUGCAGUGGAAAAUAUGUGUGUAUAUCAUUGUCAUAUAAGAGCAUCAGCAGGAAGGGAUGGGGUUAUGAGUGUUGGUUUGGACGUAAUAAUCAGUCCUGGAGUUUGAUCUGCUCUUCCUCCAGUUACUCAUUCAGACACAAUAACAUAGAGACUGUUCUCCCUGUGAACCCCACCAGCAGAAGAACAGGAGUGUAUGAUAAUGUUAAUAUCAGGAGAACAGGAGUGUAUGUGGAUCACAGAGCAGGAACUCUGUCCUUCUACAGCGUCUCCAGAAACACAAUGAGCCUCAUCCACACAGUCCACACCACAUUCACUCAGCCGCUCUAUCCUGGGUUUAGAGUUUAUUAUACUGGAUCAUCAGUGAAACUGUGUUGAUGAAUCAGAGACUGACGAGAGAUUCUACCCAUAAUGCUUUGAGCUGCAUGAUAAUCCAGUGACAGUGAGAUGUUAUAGAGUCUCUUCAUGACAUUAAUACUGCAGCUGAACUUCUGUCUCUGAAAUAACAGUCAGAAUAAAUGUGUCACAAAUCAUCAUAUAGACAAUAAGAUCAGUGUGUGUGAGUGUGUGUGUGAGAGAGAGUGUGUGUGUGUGUGUGAGAGUGUGUGUGUGUGA